AGCCCAGGGCCAACAUCCUCGAAGGAGGCGCCAGCAUGUCGAGCCUCGCGCCUCAGCACGGCCGCGUCGCCCUCUCGGAGGCCUCGACGACCCUCGCCACCCCCUCCGACCUGACAAACGGCGGCGGCCACGCUCGCCCCUUGGACGCCGGUGGCGAAGCGGCGAAAAGCGAGCCGAAAACAGAGGCAGGGGCAGUGGAGGCCACACCAAAGGCAGAGACGGCUCGCGCCGUUGUCACGGCGCCGUACCCCGUCUCGGAGACCGCCGUGCCCCCCCCUCCCGCCGACGGCGACAAGAAGAGCUCGGCGGCGGUUGUGCAAACGGCCGCGGCGGCCUCGUUUGCGGCUGUGGCGGCUGUGCCGGAAAAAGCCGCGAGUGGAGCGGGUACGCCCAGCCACGCCGGCGACAACGCACUCGCCAACGCGCUCGCCGCCUACCAGCGCUGCAUGGCCGGGCUGGCAGGCUCGCCUGGCGCUCCCUCCGGCUCCUCUGGCGACGCCUCGCUGCUCGGCCUACUCGGCCAGCACGGCCAGCAAGCCAGCCAGCCCACCAGCAUCGCGGGGCCCAGCGGCGCCGCCGGGUCGAGCAGCUCCGGACGGCCGGAGGAGAACCCCAAGCCGUCCGAGGUGUCAGUCUGGCAGCUCUUUUCGGCCCAGGCGCGCCGGAUCGAGGUGCAGCUGGCGCAGCAGCUCCGCGACCGCAAGGCGCUUGAGACGGCCCAGGCGCACUUGCUCAUGGUGCAGCGCUCGACCGAGGUGCACAGCUCGCAGCUGCGCCAGCUCCUGCUCCGCAAGGAAGGGCUGGAGGAGCGCGCCCGCGCGCUCUGCACGCAGAACGAGCUGCUCGAGGCGGACUGCGAGCGGAAGCAGCGCGCUUGCCAACUCCUCUCCUCCCAGCUCGCCGAGCUGCGCAAGAGCCUCGCGCGCGAAGGCGGCUCCCUCGACCUGGCCGGGGGCGGGACGGCGCCGCACGAGGGGCCGCUCGAGGCGCUCGCCGCAGAGGCGGAGAAGGCGGCGGCGAUGCAGUCGCACACAGCGAUGCAGUCGCACACAGCUCUCUCGGACGUCGGCGGCGAGGCGGCGGGGCACCUGCACACCCUGCAGCGCCUGCCCGGCCCGGCACGUGCCGCCGCAGACAAGGACAAGGCCCACUCGGACAAGGACUCGGACAAGGACUCGUCUGCUGACGGCGGCGCUUCGGACGGCGCUGCUUCGCUUCAGUCGGACGGCACGUCGGGCCACUCGAGCGGCGGCGCCUCUGGCUUGUCCGGCUCAAACUCGACGGAGAACACGCACCCGUCCGAGCAAGGCUCCUCCUCUUGGGACUCCGAGAACGCCGAGGGGGGCGGGAGCAACGGCGGAUCCGGAGGAUCCAACAACGGCUCGUCGCACGGCGGCUCUUCCAACGGUGGCUCGUCGCACGGCUCCUCGUCGCACGGCUCCUCCAACGGCGCCUCGUCAAACGGCUCGUCGCACGACACGGUCCUCUUCGCCCGCACGCCGAGCUGCGGCGCCGCGCGGCAGUCGCCUCCGGAGGAGUCGUCCUCGAAUGGUGGCGAGCCAAACGGUCGCUCGCCCGGCGACUCGAACGGCUCGGCAGGCAGCGAGGAGAUGACCUCCGCGGCCGCGUGCGCGCCGCGCAAGUCCUCCUCGCGCAAGCGGAGCGAGCCGACGGCCGCGAGCGCGUCGUCGCGGGCGGAGGCUCCGCCUGCGACGCGCGUGCGGGUGGACGGCGGCGUGGCGCCCUUCUUCCCGGGGGUCGGGGCCGAGGGGGCGCCGCAGCUGCCGCACUCGUGGCAGCCCGCGCCGAUGGUCCCGCACGCCGCCGGCCUCCACGCGGCGGGCCCGCUGCUGCAGCAGGGGCCGUUGCCGCUGCAGCAGGGGCCGCUGCCGCUGUCGAUCCUGCCUCGGAGUUUGCCACAGGCUCCCCCCCCCCCCCCUCCUCGAGCCGCCCUCCCGCCGCCACGCCGCAUCACGCACCGCACGCGCACGCACGCGCGUCGCCAGCUGUGA